CGGGCCCCGCCCCCGCCGCGCCUGGGCCCCGCCCCUCGCGCCGAGGGUGGCUCCGCGGGUCACUGUCGCUGCUCAGGCCAGCUCCUGGCUGCCAGGCCCCCGCAGGAGUGCGGUGUGCAGCGACGCGGCUCGAUCCGACCCAGCCAUGGACCGCAAAGUGGCCCGGGAGUUCCGGCACAAGGUGGAUUUUCUGAUUGAAAAUGACGCAGAGAAGGACUACCUGUACGACGUGCUGCGCAUGUACCACCAGGCCAUGGAUGUGGCCGUGCUGGUGGGAGACCUCAAGCUGGUCAUCAACGAGCCCAGCCGCCUGCCACUCUUCGAUGCCAUCCGGCCCCUGAUCCCACUGAAGCACCAAGUGGAGUACGAUCAGCUGACCCCCCGGCGCUCCAGGAAGCUGAAGGAGGUGCGUCUGGACCGUCUGCACCCCGAAGGCCUCGGCCUCAGCGUGCGCGGUGGCCUUGAGUUUGGCUGUGGGCUCUUCAUCUCCCACCUCAUCAAAGGCGGCCAGGCGGACAGCGUCGGGCUCCAGGUCGGGGACGAGAUCGUCCGCAUCAAUGGCUACUCCAUCUCCUCCUGCACGCACGAGGAGGUCAUCAACCUCAUCCGGACCAAGAAGACCGUGUCCAUCAAAGUGAGGCACAUCGGCCUGAUCCCAGUGAAGAGCUCUCCAGAUGAGCCCCUCAAAUGGCAGUACGUGGACCAGUUUGUGUCGGAAUCUGGGGGCAGCCGGGGCAGCGUGGGCUCCCUCGGGAGUCGGGAGCAGAAGGAGAAGAAGGUCUUCAUCAGCCUGGUGGGCUCCCGGGGCCUCGGCUGCAGCAUUUCCAGUGGCCCCAUCCAGAAACCCGGCAUCUUCAUCAGCCACGUGAAGCCCGGCUCACUGUCUGCCGAGGUGGGGCUGGAGACUGGAGACCAGAUCGUUGAGGUCAAUGGCAUCGACUUCUCCAACCUGGACCACAAGGAGGCCGUGAACGUGCUGAAGAGCAGCCGCAGCCUGACCCUGUCCAUCGUGGCUGGAGCUGGCCGGGAGCUAUUCCUGACGGACCGGGAGCGGCUGGCGGAGGCACGGCAGCGGGAGCUGCAGCGCCAGGAGCUCCUGAUGCAGAAGCGGCUGGCCGUGGAGUCCAACAAGAUCCUGCAGGAGCAGCAGGAGAUGGAGCGACAAAGGAGAAAGGAAAUUGCCCAGAAGGCAGCCGAGGAGAACGAGCGGUACCGGAAGGAGAUGGAACAGAUUGUGGAGGAGGAAGAGAAGUUUAAGAAGCAGUGGGAGGAAGACUGGGGCUCAAAGGAGCAGCUGCUCCUGCCCAAGACCAUCAGCACUGAGGCGCACCCAGUGUCCCUGCGCAAGCCCAAGUCCUUUGGGUGGUUUUAUCGUUACGAUGGCAAAUUCCCAACCAUCCGGAAGAAAGGAAAAGAUAAGAAGAAAACCCAGGAGGACAGCCUGCAGGAACUGAAAAAGAAUAAGAAGGAGCUGGAGUUUGAGCAAAAGCUUUACAAAGAGAAAGAGGAAAUGCUGGAAAAGGAAAAGCAACUAAAGAUCAACCGGCUGGCCCAGGAGGUGUCGGAGACAGAGCGGGAAGACCUGGAGGAAUCGGAAAAGAUUCAGUAUUGGGUGGAGAGGCUCUGUCAGACGCGGCUCGAGCAGAUCUCCUCUGCUGAGAAUGAGCUUUCCGAGAUGACCACAGGGCCCCCACCUCCCCCGCCUUCUGUGUCUCCCCUGGCCCCACCCCUGAGACGCUUCGCAGGUGGACUGCACCUGCACACCACUGACCUGGAUGACAUCCCCUUGGACAUGUUCUACUACCCCCCCAAGACUCCCUCAGCCUUGCCCGUGAUGCCCCACCCUCCACCCUCCAAUCCACCCACCAAGGUCUCCGCACCCCCAGUCCUUCCCACAACCGGCCACCUGAGCACCUCAUCUUCUCCCUGGGUACAGCGCACGCCACCGCCCAUCCCCAUCCCUCCCCCGCCGUCCAUCCCCACACAAGACCUCACUCCUACCCGCCCACUGCCCUCGGCACUGGAGGAGGCACUAGGCCACCACCCCUUCCGUGCCAGUGACACGAGCAACCCAACGGAGGACUGGGAAGCAAAGACCCACGGUGGGAAGCCCACCAGCUCCCCCGUUCCUGAGCGGAGCUUCCCUCCCACCCCAAAGACAUUUUGCCCAAGCCCCCAGCCUCCACGAGGCCCUGGCGUGUCUACCAUCUCCAAGCCUGUCAUGGUCCAGCAAGAGUCCAACUUCAUCUACAGGCCAGCCAUGAAGUCCGAGGUCCUGCCACAGGAGAUGCUGAAGAGGAUGGUGGUGUAUCAGACCGCGUUCAGACAAGAUUUCCGGAAAUACGAGGAAGGCUUUGACCCCUACUCCAUGUUCACCCCGGAGCAGAUCAUGGGAAAGGAUGUCCGGCUGCUGCGCAUUAAGAAGGAGGGCGCCCUGGACCUGGCGCUGGAAGGCGGCGUGGACUCUCCGGUCGGGAAGGUGGUCGUCUCCGCCGUGUACGAGGGCGGAGCGGCUGAGCGGCACGGUGGCAUCGUGAAAGGGGACGAGAUCAUGGCAAUCAAUGGCAAGAUUGUGACAGACUACACGCUGGCCGAGGCCGAGGCCACCCUGCAGAGGGCCUGGAACCAGGGCGGGGACUGGAUCGACCUUGUCAUUGCUGUCUGCCCCCCCAAGGAGUACGACGACGAGCUCUCUUCCCUUCCCUCCUCCGCAGCCGAAAGCCCCCAGCCGGUCCGCAAGCUCCUUGAAGACCAGGCUCCCGUGUACAGACACGGGUUCCUCCUGCAGCUGGAGCCCACGGUGAAUAGGCAGGCGGGCCACAGGGCUCGGCUGUCCGUGCUGCAUGCAGUGGCCGUCUGCUGCCUAUGCUGCUGCCGGCAGGUUCUUUGGACUGGUGUCUGGAUGGGCGCAAGUGCCACCUGGGGCCACACUGGCCCAAAGAUGCUACAUCAGGGGCGUGGAGCAGAGCCUCUCUGUAGCAGGUGCUUGGACUGCAGAUACCCUGGCUCCCCACAGCUCUUGGGAGCAGCCUGGGGUCCCACACGGCACCCAGAGGUGCAGAGUAGAGCUCUGAGCAUCACUCGCUGCUGGGCACAGACAGUGCCUCAAGCCAGGUGUGCUGGGCUGGAUGCACCACGGGAAGCCUGGCCUGAACCCCCCACCCCCCAGAGACCUGUCCUCAGCAACACGUGCAGCCCCUUCCUGUGCACGCCACCCUGCUCCACCUAGCCCCUUGCUUGAGCAGAACCAGGCCUCUGAAGAGGUGUCUAGGCUGGUCCAAAGAACCAGACUUGGUGGGUUAGAGUGGCUCGCGUCCUGCUGUGGCCUGGCCUGGCCUGAGCCCUGCUCAGACCAAGCUUCUCCUUUGUGCUUUCUGGCCCCUGCACCCCGGGCUCUGUCUGUGGGACUCGCCAUGGAGCCCAGCUCUGGCAUGUGCUUCCCUCCCAGUGGCAGGUGGCUAUGAAACUGGGUUUUGAUGUGGCUGGAAGCUCACAGCUGGCAGCAUCCGGGGCAGACCCAAGCCAGGACUUGUCGACUUGUCUGUGCUGAAGUCCUCAAUACAUUAGGGCCCCGUGCUCCCAAGACUGUUGGGUUGCUGUAGUGUGACUCCUGGGGUGGCCUAAGUGGUCCUGUGUUUUCUGUCGCUUGCUCUUGGCAAGGGACCCCCACCCCUCUUCCUGCCUGUCCCCUCCUCCCCAUCCCAGGUAUCCCUUUGCUUUCUCCUUGGCCUCCUGUGUGCAGUGGCAGUGGCUGGUGCGUGGCCACUGGGGUCUUACCAAGAGGAGCCUCCAGAGGUUGGCAGGGCCUCAUGCCAGCAAGGCAGGUGCUCCUGGGCUGAGUGUGCACCCGCACAGCUUGCACCUGCCGCACCUGCCACACCUGCACACCUACUUCCUCU